AUGGACCAGCAAAGAUUCCUGCAGCAGCUUCAGAUUGUUCUGAACCCUGCCCAGGGCAACGUUAAGGAAGCAACUGGUAUCCUUCAGCGGGAGUUCUACAGCAAGCCUGAGUCUCUCGUUCUCCUUAUUCAGAUCGCCACCGGUCAUGAGGAUCCCAAUCUGAGGCAGCUUGCCGCUGUCGAGUCUCGCUCGUUGGUCAACAAGCACUGGGUUUCGGUCCAGGGUGCCCAGAAGCCUCAGAUCCGUGAGCAGCUGCUGCGCUCCACGAUGAACGAGGGCUCCUCACUCGUCCGUCACUCCAUUGCCCGGAUCAUCUCUGCCAUCGCUCGGGUCGACCUGAACGAUGGCGAGUGGGCCGAGCUCCCCAAUUUCCUGGUGCAGGCUGGUAACAGUGGCAACAAGGAUGAGCGUAGCGUGGCUAUCUACAUUCUGUUCACCAUUCUGGAGACUCUAGGUGAGAGCCUCGAGGAGAAGUUCUCGGAUCUCUUUGCCCUCUUCAACAAGACCAUCCGCGACCCUGAGAGCGAGGAAGUCCGCAUCAAUACCCUUCUCGCCCUGAGCAAGCUCGCCAUGCACCUUGACUCCGAGGAGGAUGUUGCUCCAGUCAAGGCCUUCCAGGAUAUCGUUCCCUCCAUGGUCGCUGUUCUGAAGGACUCGAUCGACCAGAAGCAGGAGGACCGUGUAAUGCAGGCCUUUGAGGUCUUCCAGACUCUCCUUGGCUGUGACCCUGCUCUCCUGACUGUCCACCUUAAGGACCUGGUUAUCUUCAUGAACGAGCUUGCUGCCAACACCGAGGUUGACGAGGAUACUCGUACUCAGGCGAUCAGCUUCCUCAUGCAGUGCGUUCAGUACCGUAAGCUCAAGAUCCAGGGCAUGCGUAUUGGCGAGCAGCUCACCCGCACCGCCCUGCACAUCGUCACCGAGCUCGGUGAUGCUUCCUCGGACGAUGACGAUAUCACUCCCGCCCGGUCCGCUCUCGGCUUGCUUGAUAUGCUCGCCCAGAGUCUACCUCCCAGCCAAGUUGUUGUGCCCCUUCUUCACGCCCUGGGUCAGUACUUCAACAACAGCAACCCUGACUACCGCCGUGCCGGUAUCAUGGCUCUUGGAAUGUGUGUUGAGGGCGCUCCUGAUUUCAUCAGCACUCAGAUGAAGGACAUCUUCCCCAUGGUUCUGCAGCUCCUCGCUGAUCCCGAACCCAAGGUCCGCCAAGCCUCCCUGCACGCCGUGGCUCGCCUUGCCGAUGACCUUGCUGAAGACCUGAGUGCUGAGCACGAAAAGCUCAUGCCUCUGCUCUUCAAGAACUUGGCCAGCGCUAUGCAGGAGUACAAGGGUGAAGAGGAUGGUCCCACUGUCGAUAUCAUGAAGGCCGGUAUCAGUGCCAUUGAUGCCGUUGUUGAUGGCUUGGACGAGAAGGACGUCGCUCCUUACCAGGGCGAGCUUGUUCCCAUCCUGCACAAGCUCUUCAAGCACCCCGACUUCAGAAUCAAGGGCCUGACUGCUGGAGCUCUGGGCUCCCUUGCCUCCUCCGCCGGCGAGUCUUUCCUCCCCUACUUCGACGAGUCCAUGCAUCUCCUGCAGGAGUUUGCCACCGUCAAGGACAGUGAGGAGGAACUGGACCUGCGCGCUAGUGUCACUGACGCGAUGGGUGAAAUGUCCGCUGCCGCUGGUGCCGAGCGUUACCAACCCUACGUCGAGCCCCUCAUGCGCGCCACCGAGGAGGCACUUCACCUCGACCACUCUCGUCUCAAGGAGAGCACGUACAUCUUCUGGGGAGCCAUGUCCAAGGUUUAUGGAGAGCACUUCGCUCCCUUCCUUGAUGGUGUGGUCAAGGGCCUUUUCGCUUGCAUUGAGCAAGACGAGACUGACCUGGACGUAUCUCUUGGUGAGGCCGCCAAGGACCUUGUUGGCCAGGAGGUGAUCAUCGCCGGCCGCAAGGUCAAGGUUGCCAGUGCCGACGAUGAUGAUGAGCCCGUCGGAGAGGAUGGCGGCAUCGAAGACGUUGAUCUCGACGAGGAUGCUUGGGACGACAUCACCGCCACCACCCCGUUGUCUCUGGAGAAGGAAAUUGCCGUUGAGGUCAUUGGCGAUCUCGUCACGCACACUAAGAGCGCCUACCUGCCUUACUUCGAGAAGACAAUUGAGCAGGUCCUGCCUCUGGCUGAGCACCCUUACGAGGGUGUUCGUCGCAGCACCAUCAGCACUCUGCACCGCUCGUACGCCAUGCUUUUUGCUAUUGCUGAAGAGACCGGCCAGAUGGCUAAGUGGAAGCCGGGUCUGCCUCUGCAGGUCGAGCCCGCCAAGGAGGUCAAGAAGUUCGGCGAAAUUCUGAUGACCGCUACCAUCAAGAUGUGGACUGAGGAAGAUGAUAGGGCUACUGUCGCCGAUAUCAACCGUAACAUGGCUGAGAACCUGCGCUACUGCGGCCCUUCUCUGAUUGCCAACGAGACCACUCUCCACAACGUCAUCCAGAUGGUCACCGACAUCAUCACGAAGAAGCACCCUUGCCAGCUCGAGUUUGGCCCCGAAGAGGAGUCUCUCGAGGCCGGUGAGGAGUCUUCCGAGUUCGAUUGGGUUGUUGUUGACACUGCCCUUGAUGUUGUUUCCGGUCUCGCUGCCGCUCUGGGCGGGAGCUUCGCCGAACUCUGGAAGGUAUUUGAGAAGACCAUCCUGCGCUACGCUGGUAGCACUGAGGCUCUGGAGCGUGCCACCGCCGUUGGAGUCCUUGCCGAGUGCAUCAACGGUAUGGGGGCUGGUGUCACUCAGUUCACGCGUUCUUUCCUGAAGCUCCUCAUUCACCGCCUGGGCGAUGAGGAUCCUCAGACCAAGUCCAAUGCGGCCUAUGCUGUUGGCCGUCUUGUCGAGCACUCCACCGCAGACGCUGAGAUCGUCAAGGAGUACCCUACUAUCCUUUCCCGGUUGGAGUCCUGUCUGCAGAUGAAGGUCUCUCGCCUUCAGGACAACGCUACGGGAUGUCUCAGCCGUAUGAUCCUCAAACACCGUGAGGCUAUCCCUCUCAAGGAGGUUCUCCCCGUUCUCGUCUCCAUCCUCCCCCUGAAGAACGAUUACGAGGAGAACGAGCCCCUGUACCGCAUGAUCUGCCAGCUGUACAAGUGGGAAGAUCCUAACAUCCGGGAACUCACGCCGCAGUUCUUGCCCAUCUUCCAGUCUGUCCUUUGUGGCGAUUCGGACCAGCUUGAGGACGAGCGCCGUGCCGAGCUCAUCGAGCUCGUCAAGUGGCUGAACCAGAUGCAGCCCGGCGCCGCUCCCUGGGUUGAGCAGCUGUAA